GAGGAGGAGUGAGAACAGAGGCUGCAGCAUUUACGACUCGUAGCGCGAGACGAAGAGGACUCCCCCGACAUGUUUCCCAUUGAAUAAAAACACAGCUUGUUCCUUGCUGGAGGAUAAUCACAAACUGCCGGAGCUUCCUCUGUGACUUCAUUUGCAGAGAGAAAACACUUUUAGUCUCAGUUUUAUGCGUCUGUCAAACUAAAUAGAGCAACCGUCUUUUAUGUCGAGCUCUGCGUUCGCCAUGGGACCAGAUCUUCUGUCUCCGCUGCUCUGCCUGGUUCUCGCAGUUGCCAGGUCACAGCUGUGGGCCUUCCCCUUCAGCUCCUCCUUGGACCUCGACGUCACGCCCAGAACCACUGUGUUUGCCAAAGGUCUCUUGAGUAGCGCUAAAUUCACCGGCUCAUCCCAAAACUACAGUACUCUGCUGCUAGAAGAAGACCUCUUGUUCGUCGGAGGCAGAGGAGCUGUUUACGCCCUCAACCCCUCGAAUAUCUCCGCACCUGCAAAUUUCACUAUCGACUGGGAGGCUUCGUCAGAGCAGAAGAAACAGUGUCAAAGCAAAGGAAGGAACAAUAAGACUGAAUGCUACAAUCACAUACGAUUUCUCCAACGCUACAACGAGACCCACCUGUACAUCUGUGGGACAAACGCCUUCAGGCCCCUUUGUGCAUAUAUAGACGCAGAGAGGUUCAAUUUCUCCGCGGGAUUUGAAGAAGGCCGAGACCGGUGCCCCUACGACCCUGCUAAAGGAUAUACGGGCCUGCUUGUAGAUGGGGAGAUGUUCACAGCCUCUCAGUACGAGUUUCGCAGCUCUCCCGACGUACGCAGGAAUUUCCCCUUCCCCACCCUCAGGACAGAGGAAGCCCCCACCAGGUGGCUGCUGGAGGCAGACUUUGUGGGCUCAGUGCUGCUGAAGGAGAGCAUUAACAGCUCCAUUGGAGACGACGACAAAAUCUACUUUUUUUUCACCGAGCGAAGCCAGGAGCAAGCGGUGUACCCCAGUCAGACCAAAGUGUCCAGAGUGGCCCGUGUUUGCAAGAACGACUGGGGGGGACAGCGGACCCUGCAGAGGAAGUGGACGACGUUCCUAAAAGCGCGGAUGGUGUGUUCUGUCCCGGAAUACGAGCUCCAUCUGAACGUCCUGCGCAGCAUCUUUGUGCUGCAGGAACACGACCAUCAUAACACCGUCUUCUACGGGAUCUUUGGACUCGAAUGGAAGAAUAUCAAGGCGUCGGCCGUGUGUCAGUUUGCCUUCUCAGACGUACAGAGGGUGUUUGAGGGGCCCUACAUGGAGGUGCAGGACUCAAAAUGGAGGGAGUACACGGGGAAGGUCCCAGAGCCCCGACCUGGAUCUUGUAUAACGGACAUCCACCGGUCCCUUAACAUCAACUCCUCUCGCGAUCUCCCUGACAACGUCCUCACUUUCGCCCGUAGACACCCCCUCAUGGCCAAUCAGAUCCAUCCCAUCGGUGCUCGCCCUCUGCUUUUCAAAAGAAGUGUCAACUACGUCAAGAUUGCAGUACACAAAGAACGCGCAUUAGAUGGAAAUAUAUAUACGAUCAUGUUUCUGGGCACUGAUGAUGGAUGGCUGCAUCGCGCUGUAAACAUUGACGGGGAAAUGCAUAUCAUAGAAGAACUGCAGUUGUUUGAUAGACCCCAGCCCAUAGAGAGCAUGGUGAUGUCAACCACACAGAGGAGUAUCUAUGUGGGCUCGUUCUCUGGCGUGGUGCAGAUCCCGAUGUCUUGGUGUAGGAGGUACACUUCAUGUUACGACUGUGUUUUUGCCAGAGACCCUUUCUGUGCCUGGGACGGUAGACUCUGUGUGGAGAUAGCUUCACGUGCUCAAAGGUCAAACUUAACACAGGAUGUUCUGAGAGGAGUGAGAGGCUGUAAGGACAACUCCGGGAAAGUUGUCCACAGACGUCGUUCUGUCUUAUCCGGUGAUGACGUCCUCCUACAGUGCGAGUUACGCUCCAACUUGGCCACUCCGCGCUGGACCUUCAACGGGAAAGAGCUCCAAGGAUACGGGCUAAACUCUGGGUACCGCAUUGGCACUGACGGCCUCCUCAUCAUAGGGGCCCGGUCUAGGCAAAGUGGCUCCUACCGCUGUUUUGCUGUUGAAAAUGCAGUUUCUGUUUUGGUUUAUCUAUACACCGUGAGAGUACAUAUGGAUUCAAGUUUACCUACAGAGCCUACGUCAACGCCCGAACCUACUAGCCCUAGCCCUACUGAUUCAACCACUGUAACUGCAACAGAGCAACCUCUCCCUUCACCUCCCGCCCCGUCUGUGCCCGAAUACCAAACUUAUAGACACAUGGAGGUUGUGUACAUAUCUUUAGUCGCAGUUUUAGGAGGAUUAUGCUUGGUAUUGACUGUGGUGUUACUCUACGUUAGCUUUUGUACCAGACAAGGUUCAAGAGAUCGGAAGUUCUCCCACCAAGGGCUUCAAGUCUUGGGCGAACCAGACCGAAGACUCAGCUCCCAUCUGGAACUUAGGACAAUUUCAAACCACUGGAAUGGACAUCGCGGGCGUUGUUCCAUUUCGAUGCCGACGUUUGACGAAAUGGGGGAUAGUUUCAUGCAGAUUAUGCCAGAUUGCCAAUUAUCGCCAACCAGAACGCCUCCGCCAGCCCCUCCCCUCCCCAUGCCUCCUCCACUGCCCGAUAUGGACUACGCAAAUGGGUUGUCGGCAACGCUACCAAGCGUUUUAAGGAAAAUGAACGGGAAUAGCUACGUACUUUUAAGGCAAGCGGAUCCAGAGGGUAUGUCGCCACUGUAUCAUUCAUUCACAGAGGAGCUGAACAGGAUUUUGGAGCAGAGGAAACACUCAACGCUAGACCUGCAACCAGAUGAGAGCUCUAUCUAAAAAUAUAUAUUUGUAUAAUUGCUUAUUUAAACUAACUCCACACUGGUCAUCCAAAACAGUGGAAUAAACUUGUAAAGCUGCUUUUUAAGUACGUCAACCAAUGAACUAACUAACUUUCUACGAUAGACAAUUUUACUACCUGGUUUAAGAAGUUACUGAAGAUGUUGGAGGUGGAUGCUACCUCAGCAAAGAGCCUUGAAGAGUUUGAAUGGCACAUAGUGAAAAGACUGUGAUAAUUAUGUAUUUUUGAGACUUUUAUGGACAAUUUUGGAGAAUUUUAUUGUACAAUUUACACCAAGCAGGCAUAACUUUAUAACAACUGAUCAAGCGAAUUCAAGAGAUUCACUGGCACAUGUAAACG